AUGCGCCUUCUAUACGCCAAGACAUACGAGCUCCAUGAAUUCUUCGCCGGGGACGUGCCGCCCUACGCGAUCCUGUCGCACACGUGGGCCGACGAUGAAGUGACCUACCACGACAUCAAGAACAUCACCGGCUGGGCCAAGCCGAAGAAAGGGUUCCCCAAGAUUCAGUGGGCGUGCCAGGAAGCGACGGUCAAGGGCAUCGACUACGUCUGGGUCGACACGUGCUGCAUAGACAAGUCGAGCAGCGCCGAGCUCAGCGAGGCCAUCAACUCGAUGUACCAGUGGUAUCGUGACGCGCAGGUCUGCUACGCCUACCUCGAGGAUUUUCCGGCGCAGGACCAGCCGGUUAAGGCAGUCGAACCGGGCCAGGUCAGAAAGGUGGACUACACCGUCUUCCGGCAGUGUCGCUGGUUCACGCGGGGCUGGACGCUGCAGGAGCUCUUGGCGCCGCCGCUCGUCAAGUUCUUCUCGUCCAACUGGGUGUCGAUCGGCUCGAUAGGCGUGGGCCGGUCCAAGGCGGCGAGCGGCAAGAUCACGGACGCGCUGACGGGCGCGACGGGCAUCGACGGUGCCUACCUCACGCACAGCCUGCCCCUCGAGGAUGCGAGCGUCGCGACCAAGAUGUCGUGGGCGUCGCGGCGAACGUGCACGCGCGUCGAGGACACGGCCUAUUGCCUGCUGGGCCUCUUCGGCAUCAACCUGCCGCUGCUCUACGGCGAGGGCAAGCGGGCCUUUCAGCGGCUGCAGGAGGAGAUUUGGCGCGAGACGGACGACCACUCGCUGCUCGCGUGGACCGUCGCGCCCGGCGACCCGCGCGCCUGGUCGCUCGGCAGCGUCUUUGCCGAGUCGCCGCUUGACUUCCGCUUCGCCGGCGCCAUCGCCCGCACCGGCGACGAGCGCGGCGUGCCCUCGGCCAUGACCAAGAUGGGCCUCAAGCUCGACCUCGUCAGCGUGCCGCGGCCGCACCCCGAGACGUCGUUCCUGUUCGGCCAGCCGACGCAUACGCUGCUGCUCAACUGCCGCCUCGGUGACCGUCGCCUUGCCGUGCUCGCGCUGCUGGAUCUGCCGGACGGGCCGUUUGAGAGGCCCUACACACUGUUCACGCGCAUCGCGACACCGAGUCAAGUUCGCGAGUCGCUACCGGAGCGGGGUUCGGACACGUCUGAUGGCAUGCCGCGAGACGUGCACGAAGGGGCGGAACUCGACACGGUCAUCGUGCGCAAGAAUGUCACGGGACGCCGCAAGGCCGUGCUGCACCUCGAGCCGGGCCACGCCGAGGUCAUGCUGCACGGCAUGCUGCUCGACGAAUUCCACUUGAGCUCCCACUUUGACGCCCUUGACACGUCGAUACCGGUCUCUGCCAAGUACAGCUACAAGGCCGCGCAGACCAUCGCCAUCCAGGGCGGCAACGACAUGUGCCAGCCGCUGACGCACCUCGAGUGCCUGCUGGUGCCGAGGGCCAGCGUUGGCAGCGAGGGCAACACUCGCGAGCUGAUUGUGCUGAGCUGCGUCAUUGGCAUGCCUGGCGUCGGCGACCGCGCAGGGUGGAAGAUUGCCAUGGCGUUCAGCCGGUUUUGUUUCGAGGAUGGGUCGCAUCAAUUCUACAGUGGUGUUGAUUCAGAUGCGGCGAGGGCUUUGCCUGAAAAGUCACGAGAGGAUGCAGGGCCCGAGGCGCCGGAUCUCUUCUUGAUGGACGUCACGCCUGAAGCCCCUUGCGAUGGGAUGGAUCUUGAGGGCCUGGCCUUCCAACGGUUCCGACAAAGCCUGACGGGUCAUUUCAGUCGCAUACAGAAGAGGGCGGUCAACAUCCGAGGUCUGCUGACGACGGCGAGGAUUGAAGUCAAUGGGAAGGGUACGCUGGUGGCCCAGCUCUACCGAGAUGGGGAUCGGGGGGCCGAGACACACACGCCCGAGGGUCGGCACGGGUUUACGGUCCUCCUUUCGUUGGAGAGUCAAGGAACGGCGGCUGCAUAA